GGUAUAUACGAUAUGAUAACUAAUACAUUUUCACAUUAUAUACAAAUAUUGUUGUCAUUAUUCUUUGGGUGUAUUUAUAUGUGAUAAGAAUAUUUCCCAGUGUUUUUAAAUUAAAGCAAGAGGGCAAAGAUUGACAUGUAAUUUGUCAAUAGAAAAAAUAAAAUAACGGAACAUAAAAAAAAAAAAAAUGAUGGGAACAAAGAUGAGAUUAAGAUUUUUAAAAGUGCAAAAAAAUAUACAUCUUUAUUUGUAAAAGAAUUCCAUAACAACAAUGAUAAUUGAUAAGAAGAGAGUCACGACAUAAUACAAGGAAAUAUUGGCCAUGGCAACCACGGAGCAGGAUAUUACAGUUGCUGAUUUUAUAUUUUACAAUAACUUUGAUUCAGCAAACUUAGCCAAAGUUGAGCAAGUCAACACACAAAAUGCUAUAGAUCAAGGUGCUAGUGAAACAGUGGUAAAUAAAUCCUGUAAAAUUUCUGAUGAUCAACAACCAGAAUAUGAAUUUAAUGUCUGGACCAAACAUGACUGUCAUGGAACAGAAUUUCAGAAUAAUAAUCGAACAUGGUUUUAUUUUGGUAUUAAAUCACCUGUUCAAAAUAUUUCGGUUAAGCUCAAUGUCGUCAAUCUUAAUAGACAGUCGAAGAUGUUUAGCCAAGGAAUGUGUCCAGUUUUCAAAGUCAUUCCAGGCCAUCCUCAUUGGGAAAGGAUACGGGAUAAACCGACUUACACUAUGGACCAAAAAGGAAGUGAAUUUACAUUAUCAUUUAUAAUUCGUACUCCAGAAAAUCUUAAAGCCAUUAUUUAUGUUGCAUUCACAUAUCCAUUUACAUACUCUGAUCUUCAACAUUAUUUAAACAGAAUUGACGCACGAAUAUCGAAACAAAAUUUGUCAAAUCCCGAUGCUAUAUAUUAUCAUCGCGAGUGUGCUAUUAAAUCAUUAGAAGGUCGUCGUCUUGAAGUAUUAACAGUUAGUUCUUAUCACAAUAUUUGGGGGGAGAGAGAAAAUAAUUUAAAGGGCUUAUAUCCAGAGCCUGAUGAACAAAGAUCAUUUAAAUUUCGUGGAAAAAGAACUGUGUUUGUUAGCGCACGAGUUCACCCAGGUGAAACACCGUCCAGCUUUGUGUUCAAUGGAUUUUUAAAUUUUUUACUUAAUUUAGAUGAUCCAAUAGCUAUUAUAUUACGCCGUAUUUAUGUGUUCAAAUUAAUACCUAUGCUUAAUCCUGAUGGUGUUGCUCGAGGUCACUAUCGUAUGGAUACACGUGGUGUUAAUCUCAACAGGGUAUAUCUUAAUCCUUCAUACAAAAAUCAUCCUACUAUUUUUGCCGCAAGAAGUCUUAUCAGGUAUUAUCAUAAUUUUUAUGAAGAAAUAAUAGAACCAAACACAUUUGAAGAGACGUCAUUGGAAUUAGAUAAGGAGGGAAUGGAAAUUGUUAAUGCAAUGACUUUGGAUAAAGAUAAAUGUCUUGAGCAACUAGCCACCGAUUGUGAAAGUCCAAACAAAGAGAUCGGGCUGAUAAAAUCUGAUAAACAAGCUUCUAGUGAAUCUCAGAAUAAUAUACCAACAACAGAACGGACUGAAAGUGCAAAUAGUAAAAAUUCCUCCACUGCCAGUAAUCCUCCACGAAGUUCAGAACAUUCAGGCUUAUUUUUAUAUGUUGAUCUUCAUGGGCAUGCUUCCAAGAAAGGCAUCUUUAUGUACGGCAAUUACUUUGAUGAUCCUGAUGACACGAUAAUGUGCAUGUUGUUACCAAAAUUAAUGUCCAUCAAUAACUCUAAUUUUCACUUUACAUCGUGUAAUUUUACAGAAAAAAAUAUGUAUCUUAUUGAUAAAAGAGAUGGAAUGUCUCGAGAAGGAUCAGGAAGAGUUGCUGUUUAUAAAAUGACAGGUUUAGUACGUAGUUAUACGUUGGAAUGUAAUUACAAUUCUGGUCGAUUAGUUAAUACAAUACCUGCGAGAAUACGUGACCUCGCGUUUAAACCACCGGGACACAUGUUUGUGCCUCCAAAAUAUACACCAACUGUGUUCGAAGAGGUUGGAGCAGCACUAGGUCCAUCAAUACUCGACCUAACAAAUAGUAAUCCUAACAGUCGUUUGUCAAACAGUCAGUAUCGAUCAUUAAGAGGAGUUAAAUCUUAUUUAAAGUUGACUUAUGUCAAUAAUCUUACGACUACGAUCAACAAACCACGAUCGAAGCAUCAAUCAAUUCAUGACAAUGUUGGUCUACUGAAGGACACAACAUGUCUCGAGGACAUUAUAACAACAAUGGGUAGUUUACCAUCGGAAGAAGCAUCAAAUAAUACUCAAAAGAAUGAAACAAGCAGCCCAGCAAAAUCACGUAUUGUUCAUCGAACAUCAUCACUCUACAGUACUGUGAAACGAAUCAAAAAUGGAAAGCGAAGUGCUCGUCAAUUGGCAACAACAAAUCGUAAGUCUCUGAAGAAUCAACGUCGAAUAAUGAAUAAUGUCGAAAAUGGUCAGAUGAUUUCUAAAAUCAGAUCAUCACGGCUUGGUGUGAAGGCUACGAUGCUUAAAUCAUCUGCUGGUCGUCGUCAUCUGCCAGACAAAAGUCAUCUUCAGAAAAUCAUCAACAAGCAUCCCAGUGGCAAGACAACUAUAGAAAUAAUUACUGAGCAAACUACAUCAGUAAUUAAAACUGGAACUAAACGACUCAAAGUACUACAAAAUUUUUUAAAAACUCGACCAGAAAUUGGGGAAUCCUCUAAAUCAAUGGCAUCACCAACAGCGUCGUCAUCGUCAUCAUCAUCAUCAUCGCCACCAUCAUCAACCGGUGGUGUUGGAACAAAACGUAUGUGUUCGUCAGUUGAUUACGGAAAUACCUGCAACUUUGAUCUGGCUCAACCCGGCGACACAUUAGCUUAUCGCACCUGUGUGUACACGUGCUCUACUGAUGGAUGUAAUCCAGCAACAAUGAACUUACCAAAUAUAAUAACAAUUGCUGCUUUAACUUUAGGAAUAAUUUAUCUUUUUCGGAGAUGAAAAUGAGUGUAACUCAAAAAAAAAAAAUCCGUCCUUUUAAAUACCUUUUAAUAUUACAAACACGAUAUUUUGUAACCACUCCGUCCAAGAGUAAACAUAGUCUUAGUCCAAUAAUUAAUUUAAUUAUUAUUAUUAUGAAUUAAUCGAUUAACGAAUAGUUUUAAACUAUAUGAGUAUACUCUUUUUUUGUGUAAGAAUGUUUUUUAAAAACAAAUUUUAUAAACUUGGUAAUUAUGUUUAACAUAUCUUUCUGAUUAUUAGAGAGUAUGUUGAAUAUUAAUUAUGUGUUUAUUAACAGACUAUUGAUAAUGAACAAAACUUAUUAAUUACUAUUAUAGUUAAUAUUGUUACGACAAAAAAAUUAGAUCUGAACACCCUAAUUAAUUAACAUAAUAAUUUUAAAAUGUACCUUAAAAAGAUUCCAUCCAAUACUCGGAUUAUUUUUAAUAAAUUAUCUACAAGAUAGUAAAUUUUUGAUAAUUGUAUAUCAUUUUUAUAAAUAAAUAUUAAGUAUUAUUUAAAUAUUGUAAAAAAGUACUCAUUAUAAAUAUACUUUUAUUUUCAGGGUAAUUUUAAAAAAUUUUAUUUUGUAAACUAUCAGUGCUGCAUGUGUUUUUUCCUUUGGAUCGCGUAAAAAUAUUAAAAUUUUAUCAUAAAUAUCUUUCGACUGAUAAAAUUAUUCAUUAGUUUUUUUAUCAUUUAUGUACACAGUUCGAUUUAAUUAUUCACUAUUUGAAAAAGUCAAAAAACACUUAAAUUAAAAUACGUGAAAUGCGAUAUUAAUAAUCAAUGAUCCUUGUCUAUUUGAUGUUCGGAAAAAAAAUCUCAUACUAAUGAAGGUCAAAGGUUAAUGAUCAAUAAAAUUAAAUUCUUUAACGAUAAUUACCUCGAAAAAAUUCAUCACUUUAUUCAAGUAAGCUACAAAUUAUAAAAUGCAAGUAUAAUAUAUAAUUCGUAUGAAUAAAUAUAUAAUAUUCUUGGACACGUCAAACGCGUUGCGUUGAGUGUGCUUUUUACUCUCGGUUAAAAAUUUAAAAAAUUUUAUUAUUGUAUUAAUGUCGUCGAUUAUUUUAAAAUAUUUAAAAUCAUCUAUACGUUUUACUAGUAUUUUCUUUGGCAUUUUGUAAACUAUUAUAUCCUUAAGGCAUCUGUUUUACAAAUAUACUGUUUAAUUAUAUAAUUCAUAAUUUUAAUCCAUUUUUAUUUACCGUGCGAAUACUUUAUAUCACGUCUAUAGUUUAAAAGAUUUAGUCUAAAAACAUUGAACACGAGAUUACGGAAUGAUAUUUUUUUCUAUCGAUUAUUGCACUUGAUCUUUUAAUAUUUUAAUAUAGUAUUGUAAACAAAAACAAAGCAAACAUAUGUAUAUAUUAUAGCAUUAAUAACAAGUUUUAAUUGGCAAUUAUGUGCGCUGUGUUUUCAAAAUUUUUUUAAAGUCAUUCGUAAUAGCAGCUACAAAUAUAUAUAUUUUUAUUGAAAGUGUCACUUCUUUCGAUAAAAUUAAUGACAUUCAAUGAUUAUUAUAUCAUAUAGUAGAUAAUGAAAAAUUUUAUUCAAGAAAAAAGGCGGCAGUUUUAAUGUUUAGUUAUUAUCAAGGCACGCUAUAGAUGUGUAUUAAAUAUGACAGCGUAAUUAAUUUAGUUUUUUUUUAAACAUAAAUAUUUAAUGGUUAGAUAAUAUUAAUAUUAAUUAAAUUCAAAACCAUUUUGUGCAAUAUGAUAAUGAUAAUAAUUAUUCAUAACUUCUCAGGAUUCACUAUCACUAAAAAUUAAUUGGGCCGUGGGGUUAAAUUCCUUAAAUAACUAAUUGGACUACGUUGAGGUAUGAAAAAAUACGUAUAAAUAUUGAGAUAUUAUACAAAAUUUUAAUUAGCAGUAAAAAAAUUUUUUUCUUCGUUAAGUAAUCGUAAAUACUUUUUUUUAAUUCUAACUCUCAAUCAAUUAUUAUUAUCAUGAUUAUUAUUAUUUUUUUUAUAAAGUCGAUGAUUUUGAUCAUUUUUAAACAAAAAGAAAAAUUAUAAUUUAAUUUUCAAUUAAUCUAAACAAAAUAAUUGUCUAAUAAAAAAUAUACACCCACCAUCCGAAUAAUUAAAUAAUAAUUAUUAAUUAUAAUACUUAUACAUGGACCAAAACAAAACAAACAAAAAUUGAUUCUAUAAAAAUAUAAAUAAAAAAAAAAGUUUAUCAUGGUAUUCAGCAUCUCACUCAAUGAUAUGCACGAAUAAACAAAUAAUAUAAAUUCAUCAAAAGUUAAUUAGAAUUGAUUUUUAAACAAAAAAAAAAAAAAAACAUCACAAUAAAACAUGGGAACAAACAAAAAAAUUAAGGAAUGAAUCACAGAGUAUUACCUUACAAAGACUGGAUUACUACUCUAAAAAAAUUUAUAUCAAGUAAAUUUACCGCAAAGAAAUACUUUCUUCUUUUUUUUUAAAACAAAGAAAAUAAAGAAAAA